AAAUGGCCCCUUCGUUCCUUCUUUGGCGUUCCCACUGGUAGUGCCAUGACGGUAUGCCGAUGUGUUUCUUCCUCGACCAUCGCGUGCCUGGACGGCCUGCCGACCAAGGAGGUGGGCGACCCGAAGGGCCUCAAGAGCAAGGCGUGCGCCGUGUGCCUCGACAACUUCGCGCGCGGCGACUCGGUGAAGAUACUGCCGUGCGGCGACGUCUUCCACACCCGGCCGGCCGGCGCCUGCAUGGAGCAGUGGGGCCAGGCCAGCGGUCUCUGCAAGACGUGCGGGAAGCCGUGGCGGCCGGGGUGA